AUGAGCAAUACCGAUUUCCUUGGACGGGCGAUUGACACGGUCAAAAAGGCUAUCGAGAGCGAUAAUGAAGGCGAAUACGAGAAGGCCUAUCAGCUCUAUUACUCCGCACUGGAGCUAUUUAUGCUGGCCCUAAAAUGGGAGAAGAAUCCCAAGUCAAAGGAGAUGAUUCGUGCCAAGACGGGCGAGUAUAUGGAUCGCGCGGAGAAACUCAAGAAUCACUUAGCCCAAGCAGAUAAUCGAAAGAAGCCCAGCGCGAUAGGCGCUAAUGGAGGGAAAGUGGCGCAUGGGAGUGGGAAGGGUAGUGGGAAAGACGAUGAUGAUGAAGAUGCAGAUUCCAAGAAGUUGCGCUCUGCCCUUGCCGGUGCUAUUCUCUCCGACAAGCCAAACGUGAAAUGGGAGGAUGUUGCGGGUUUGGAGAGUGCGAAGGAGGCUCUGAAGGAGGCUGUCAUUCUUCCGAUCAAAUUUCCACAUCUGUUUACAGGAAAACGGCAACCAUGGAAGGGCAUUUUGCUCUAUGGUCCUCCCGGCACUGGAAAGUCGCAUCUCGCCAAGGCCGUUGCGACAGAAGCCAACAGCACAUUCUUCAGUGUUAGCAGUAGUGACCUGGUGUCGAAAUGGAUGGGUGAGAGUGAAAGGCUGGUGAAGCAACUUUUCAACAUGGCUCGAGAAAACAAGCCGGCUAUUAUCUUUAUCGAUGAGGUUGACGCUCUUUGUGGACCUCGCGGUGAGGGAGAAUCCGAGGCUUCCCGCCGUAUUAAGACCGAACUUCUGGUCCAGAUGGACGGAGUGGGUAAAGAUUCGAGAGGCGUCUUGAUUCUUGGAGCCACCAAUAUCCCCUGGCAGCUCGAUGCUGCCAUUCGCCGCAGAUUCCAACGGAGAGUUCACAUCAGCCUUCCUGACAUGAAUGCGCGCAUGAAGAUGUUCAUGCUCGCCGUCGGGCAGACCCCAUGUCAGAUGACACAGGCGGACUACCGAACCCUGGCAGAGAUGAGCGAAGGCUACUCCGGCAGCGAUAUCAGUAUUGCCGUCCAGGAUGCCCUGAUGCAACCUAUCCGUAAGAUUCAGACAGCAACCCACUAUAAGAAGGUGAUGCACGAAGGUGCAGAGAAAUUAACCCCAUGCUCACCCGGUGACAGCGGCGCAGUCGAAAUGAGGUGGGAGGACGUCGAAGCAGAACAGCUCCUAGAGCCGCCUCUUAUCCUCAAAGACUUUGUCAAAGCCGUCCGCAACUCCCGACCAACUGUCAGCCAAGAAGAUCUGAAACGAAACUCGGAAUGGACCCAGGAGUUUGGCAGCGAGGGGGCUUAA